CGAGGAACACCGCCUCUAAUCUACUACGCAACUGCGCCUUUACUCGAGGUGGUGUCAAUGCCCAGUUCCAAUCGUCUGUCGUACAUUUGUAUUUAAUUUUGCCCCUUCAUGAAACACGAUAGAGAUUGCCAACUGUGUAACUGGAAGUAAAACACUCAGAAAUGUUGAAAUUUCAUGCUAGCAACAGCUUGUAAUGCCCGAAAAUAGCACAUGUGAGGUUGGCUGUAUCUGAGUAUUAUCGCCCGCCCACACGACUUACUGAUUUGUAUUUUGUCAUACCAUUUGAGCUCGGGUAGUACGUGAAUUUCUCCACUCGUUGAAAUUAACAUUGAUAUAUUUUCUGUCAUUUGACAUUUCGUAAAAAACAUGCCGUCAGUUCUGCUCACAGAGUCACUAGCCGUGGAACUAGGAGCUCGAGAACCGUGGCCUGUUGAUGUGAAAUUGUUUCAGCCUUAUGAUGUGGAACAAAUUUUGCUUCCAGAUAAUGCAAAUUGUUUAGCAGUUCAAGCUUAUCUGAAAAUGUGUGGUUUACACUUCCAAAUAGAAAAUAGAAGCAAUGCAGAAUUCAUGUCACCAUCAGGUCGAGUGCCUUUCAUAAAAUGUGGAGCAUUUGUGGUAUCAGAAUUAGAUCCUAUCAUAGCAUUUGUAGGAACUAAAGGUGUGAGCCUUACAAAUGACCUCGACAAUACUCAGAAAGCUGAUAUGCGAGCGUACAUGUCUCUUAUUAAUACAGUUCUUGUUAAUGCGGAAUGUAGUGAUGCUGAAUGCAUGAAUCAUGAAUCACAUGGCUACUAUUUCACGUUGUUGCAGCUCUAUGUGACAUGGUGUGAUCCAACUACCUUAAACGAAGUAACAAAACCACGAUAUGGAUCUGUUUUUCCUUGGCCACUGAAUCAUAUACAAUGUUGGCAGAAGAGAACGCAAGUUCUCAAAAAGCUGUCAAUUCUUGGAUGGGCCCAAAAAUCCCUAGAUGAGGUUUACAGUGAGAUAGAAUCUUGUUGCAAUGCAUUAUCUCAACGACUUGAAGAUCAAAAGUAUUUUUUUGGUGAUCGGCCUACUGAAUUAGAUGGCCUGGUUUUUGGCCAUCUUUUUACUAUAUUGACCACUCCUCUACCUAACAACAGAUUUGCAGGAAUCGUCAGAGGUUACUCCAACUUAAUUGAGCUGUGCAAGACUGUUGAAAGAAUGUAUUUUGAUCGCAGUGUACCAGAGCCAAGUACAUAAAUAUUCAUGCCUGCCUGUAGUAUAUGCAAUAGCAUUACGCAGUGACCAGAAGUUUGCAUUUUUAACUUCCUUUUUUUUUAGUAACACUUGGUAACUGCAUAAGGAAGGAACUUCUUUCCAAAAGUGUUUUUGAGUGACUGUCUUUCUUAGUGACUAAAUGUGUUGUACAGUUUGAUUUUUGGAUACGUGCUAUAAAAUUGCUUGUGCUAGUACAGUGCAAUAUAGCUCUCCCUAGAAAAGACAGCCACCCUUAUGCUUUCAAGGUAGCUAAAUAAAUCAUGUGUCUGUGUAUAUACAUGUAUAUAUAUGGGGGUGUUUUUAUACGCUCGCAUACACACAUACGUACAUAUACAUACAUGUUACAAAAGAGGUUUUAAAAGUAUAUUUUUCAACAUAUCUAAUUUUGAAUAAUGACUUUUUGCUAGAAGUGCUGAAACAAGGUGCAUUUUAAUAUGUGAGCAAAACAUCAGUGUACUUUCUUAUUUCUCCAUUGAUGGUUUUGCUAUGGCUAUGAUUAUCUACUUCAUUUGGUGGAUAAACUUGGAAAAACACACACACAUACACAAGUUACUAGGGCUAGAAGUGGUGUCCGAUGGAGUAUAUUGGCAAUAAAAUAUCUUUACUGUUACUAAAAAAUCCCAAUUACAAGCAUAACUCUUUGACUUGAAGAGGUAUUAUAUAUAGCUCAUAGAAUUUUUAUCAGGAACAAUAUUGUUAAAAAGUUUAAUAACAAAGUAUGCUCAAUAUGAUUUGGUUGAUGAUCUGAUCAUCCAACAGACCAUGAUCAAUUAUUGUAGUCUUGUUUGGCAAAAUAAUGUAAUGGGAACUGUGUUUUCAGCUCAUUUGUGAGGCAUAUGACAUACUUAAUGUAUCUUCAGACAAAUUUGUUUGUAUUGCUGAACACUGAAAUACCUGAACACUUGACAAAGAAUCCAUUGUCUAACCUCAAAUUGGAUUCCUUGGCUCUAUUUGAUGAGCGAAAGUGAAACAUAAUAAGUCUGUCAUAGAUAUGCAAUCUUUAGUCAUUCCUCAACUCCCUUAAUGUGGAUCUGGUGGACAAUGUUUGGAGAAUUAAUUUUGCAGAGGCACUAGUUGGGAGUCUCUCUUGUUCUACAAUCAGAAUGUAGUGGGUUACCAUGCUGUGCUUUCUCAUGGACACUCUUAACCAUUGUUGAAUUUUCUUAGUGAAGCUUUUGCCCAUGAGCUUCAACUGAAAUCAUCCAAUUCAGAUCCACUUGUGUGGGAAUCAGCAUUUAGCUAGCAAGAGCUUUGGCUAGUACCGUUCUCCUACUCUUGUGGAGAGGUCUACUGCUGUGAUUAACAGUUAUGUCAAAAGAUUAGGUGAGCUGGAACUAGAUAGCAUUGCAGCUACAAUUUGCUGUUGGUGAUGUAUUUGUGAUGAGCAGUGCUUUUCCUGAGAAGCACAAGGAAGUGACAUUUCUAAAUCUUUUGUACAUCUAGCUUUUUGUUUUAUGUUGAUAUUUUAUAGAAAUUUUUACUUGUGCAUGAAUUCCCCAAUGAUGUCUUUUGUGAAUACAUAGUUAUUGCAUUGUGAUCAUAUGGUUAUGAAUGGUGUGCCUGUGAGUUGGUCUUUGCAUUCUUGAACAAUGAAAGUAAUUUAGUACCGACAGGCAAUAUUUCAAAACUCCCAGUUGUUCCUUUCUAUAAGUCAAAUUAUUCUAGCUUUCAUUUGAUUAAAAAGCAGAUGCUUUCCAUACAUUUGUAUUGACAAAACACUGGUUAAAUGUUCACAGUGAGUGCAUUAAAUUGAAAUUAUUAUUAAUGCAUAUUAUAACAGCUUUUCUCAGGCAUUUUUGGGAUGAAAUAUUUACUACAAAUAUUUUAUUUUACAUUUUCUAUUAUUCUGAUAAUCCCACCAAUGAAAUGCAUAUAGUAUCUGAAGGGGCUGUCAACUUGUCAUAACAUCUCAUCUCAGAUACUUGUCAGAGAUUUUCGUGUGAAUCUGUAUAGAAUGAGUAUGGGGGAUCAACCCAUCGCUGUCCUAAGGAUGGUAAUAAGGAUGUGAUGGAGAAGGAAGGAUCGCAUGAGCUCCAUAUCCGAUUGCUCGUGAUACUGAUUUGUCAUCCACCUGGAGUCAUUCAGGAGAAAUAACGAAAAUGACCUAUCUAAGCAGCCAACCUCCAGAAAUCUCAUCAAGGUAGUGGUUUGCAUCAAUCCAGUUCUUUAGAUGGUGUCAAAAUCCUUCCAGGGCUUUAGCCAAGGAUCUUUUGAUCUAUGAAGCUUCAGUUACACACUUGCAUCUACAAUUGAAGGUGGUAACUAAAAUUUUUGUCACUAUUGUAGUGGGAUUUGUAUGCGGGUUUUGCAACCUUGCAUACUAUAUCACUAUGCUAAGUGCAUCUAUAAUGAAUGUGUAAAUGAGGCCUCCAUUAAUUUCUUAAUUAUAUUUCGUCCUUUGUCAAAAACCAGUCUGGUCAUAAAGGAAAUUAUUAAUGUGGGAUUGUAAAUAAAGUCUAAAGAAAAAUAAGAUCUAGAUUAUGUGUUUGGCUUCAUGUAUGCCUGAUCAGAAUAUUGGAUGUGAUCUCACCUUCGGUCCAAAAUUUUAAUUUAAAACAAAAUUAUUGGAUGAUAUAUUAUUAAUGAAUAAUAUGCAAUUACACUGAUAAAGCUAAACAUUCCAUAGUUGAAGUUCAUUUAUGUAAGAUAUACAAAUACAUAGCACACGACACUUCUCAUGAAAUGAUAAAUAUGAAAAUAUUACUUCAUUAAAUAAAAUGGAAGUAGGCAAAAGAGAAAAGGUUGUUUUUCAGUAAAAAAUACGUUUUUAUGCAAAUUAUGUGUGUUCUGUGCAGAACACUUGAGCAGAUAAUUCAAUGACUUGCUGAUGUUCAGUAAUUUGCAGUAAUUGGGCUGCAAAUUGUUACUUAUAAUGCUUUUAUAAAGCAACUGAAGAUGCUCUGCUCAACAGCACCUUGUUUCAGAAAUACCAGUCAAACACAAGAAUUGAUGCAAAAGCAUGUUUCAGAGCAGUAUUAUUAAAUUUCACAAGAAAAACAAUACCUACUGCCACAUGCCAGUGCCUAGCAAAGACAAUGUUGUGAGUCUGUUCUGUAGUUGAAAUUUUAUCGGAUGUUCAUUAAAAUGUUAUGAUUGGUUGACUAUUGUUUAUUAUUCAAUUAUAGUAAUCUUUAAUUUCCUCAUUAAUUAAAAAUCCUGUUCCUUGUAGUUUUAUUGAUUAAUUCAAUAGAAAGUGUACAAGUAUAGAAAAAAGUGAGUAAAGUUUUUAUGUUCUUACCUACUAUGUAUAUAUGAAGUACAGAGAAAGUAUUGUAAUGCUGUAGCUUUUGACAGAAAAGUCUGUUAUUGACCCCUAAUGUGGAAAAAGUGGAUCAUUCUUGCUACUAUAUGUAGAACAAUUACUUCUAAUAUGUUGUCUAAUCUGAAUCCUCAUUAUGUGGGUUUUUGACACAUUAAUUUACGGCAAAAUGUCUUUCUGUACAACGUUAAUGUCUAAACGAUUCAGACCAUUUUCUCCAGAAUUGGUAUUUAUUCGACCGAUGAAGCCGAACUCAGGACUUCGAAAUUGAUACGGAUAUUUUGAUUUUAGGGGCACUUAAUGC